CCCCUGGUCGAGAAGGUCCCCCAGGUCCUCCUGGCCCCCCGGGUCAACCAACUGCCUUGCCAAUUGUCGGAGAUAUGAGCUCUUUACUCAAGAAUGCCUGCACCGUGUGCCAGACCAGAGUGCCAGGUCUGCCUGGGCAGAAGGGCGAGCAGGGAACCCAUGGAGCGACAGGAGUGCAAGGCAUGGUGGGAGAAAAGGGGGAUCCAGGAGUGCGAGGACCUCUCGGUAAUCCAGGGAAAGAAGGUCCAAAGGGGAUGAAAGGAGAGAGAGGAUUCCCUGGUCCUAGUGGAGACAAAGGAGAUGAGGGCUCUCCUGGAGUUCCAGGCAUUCUGGGUACAACCGCCGUACUGGAGCCCCUGGAGUCAUGGGCAGACCUGGGCCAAUGGGUCAGCCUGGAACAAAGGGAGAUCGGGGAAGUGAAGGCUCCCCUGGAAGGCCAGGACUACCAGGCCCCCCAGUAA